UUUCAGUGCCACUAGAUAGGACAGAACACCACACCCAGAAGGUGUGUGGGCUAGAUUAUUGAACACUACUACUCAGCCAACUGCAGCUCUAUUCCCUGCUCUAACACUGGCCUGAUGAGUGACUUUGGCAUGCCUCAGUUUCCUUAUCUGUAAAAUGGGGAUAAUGAUACUUAACCAUGCUAAAGCGUUUUGAGAUCUAAGGAUGAAAAGUGCCUUGGAAGAGCUAGGUAUCAUUAUUAUUGAAGUUAGGCUCCUAGGUCCAUAUUGAGACACCUAAAGAAGUGGCCUGCUUUUCAAAAGUCCUGAGCAUCCAUCUGCUCCCAUUGGCUUCCAUGGGAGGUGUGACAUGCUCAGCAGUUUUGAAAAUCAAAUCACGGUACUUAGUACAGUAGCUUCCACUUAUUGGCAGCCUCUUGAUUCCCAGCAAAAAGCUGCCAUUAUCCAGAAGUUGCCAAUAAACAAAAGGCAGGUUUGUGGGACUGCGGCCAAAGAAGCAAGCACUGGAAUGUGCUCUCUGGCUGCAGCCCCACAACCCUGCCUGCAGCCAGGGCUCAGCAUGUCCCAGAGCUUCCUUCCCUGGCUGCAGCCCUGCAAACCAGACUGCAGCAGGGACUUUCUUCCAAAAAAAGUUGUUACUAAGCAGCAUGCCUGUUGCCAAUAUCCAAAUCUUUAAAUUUGAAGUCAAUGGGAUAGGGUUGGUUCUUGGCAAAAUGUUUCUAUUAAGUGAAAGUUAUAUUGUGAUUGCUAUUAAGUGGCCUCCACUGUACUAUACAGGUUUUGGAGCCUAACUUGCAGCACCUCCUUUUGAAAAUCUUGGCUAUGGUGCCAGUAUCUGUAGGUUCUCCACAGCAAGAGAGGAGCUGUCAGGAGAGAAGAUCUGUGUUGUACAGUCUGUGCUGUACAGGAGAGGCUUUUGAGUUCUGCAAGACAGUCAGGUAUUAAGAACUUGACAGCUAAGCAACUCUGACAGGAUUCUUUGAAGCUGGUAUGCAGGAAGCUCUGAAACACUAAAAAGUAAUGAUUUUAAUAUACUUUUAUAUUUAUUAUUAUUGACUUAUGGGAAGGAAUUUUGUAAAGGAGAAGACAAAUCAAAAUCCAUGCCUACCAAGCUUACAGGCAAAUGCACACAAAAUUUGUCUCUGUGCACAUUUUCAUUAGCUAUUUUUCUGUGUCUCAUCCUGCAUUGUUGCAUACAGAUACUUUUCUUUUUGAUAAAUUUUCAGGAAGUGUGGGGUUCUGUUGGAUUUGAUUAAAGAAACCCUUUCCUUAUUUUGAUUAGGAAAAGUUAAUACAGGCAGGUAUAUAUUUUUUUAAACUGGCCUGACUAAUCUUCUUCAGAUGCCAUAAGCAAUAUUGUUUCCUCUGUCAAUCACAAGUCACUAAUUAUUUAGAGCAGUGUGUGUGUGUAUGAGAUUUGGGUUAUCCUUUCUUCAAUGUCUUGUUAUCAUGCUUAGCUUGCUCCUUUAGCCUUUCCUCUCAAAUCCUGCCUGCUUCAUUGACCGACCCAAGCCCAUCAGUCAAAGAAACAUGGAGAUGUAAUUAAAUGACAAUUUAAUCCCCCAUGAAAAGAUUAAAAUGAAUUGAUCAUCAUUGUUAUUUCCAUCUGUUCGCUCCGUGUUGAUUCUUUGUGUUUUAAGCUUUCAAUAAAGACAUGCACAAGAAGGGACCAUGUAGAAAAACUGCGUUUCUUGUUAUUAAUCAGAAAACAUGCACUAAUUUUAGCAGCUCAAGAUAACAAAAGAUUGCAACAAUACCAUUGGCAUGACACUGAUGACAUUAGCAAGAUGGAAAGCUCUUUUUAUUUUUCCCUGGUGACAAUUUAGCUUCAGCCAACACGAGGGAUAGUUUUUCUUAACAAUUUAAGCAUUUGACAAUUUUAAUAGAAGACAUAGACAUAGUCCUGAAAAUAAGCAUAAAACAACCAGUCAGAAUCAUCCUUUGAGGGCAUAGUUCAAUAAAAGGAUUGUCUACCAGAAAUUCUGAAGAAUAGUUUUAUUUGUUGGUUGUUACUAUUUUCAGUAGAGUAGGUUUCCAGAAAGACAGCUAAGUAUAUUAAAUUCAAACUUUUCUGCUUAAAAUAAACUUUAGGUGAUGAACAAAUGUCACAAAAUUCAAGGUCCAGGAUGAUAUUCCCAUUUGUAUCUCACAUAAUUGUGUAAAAGAGACAUGGGAUGUAUUAAGAACCAAAUACCUUAAAGUCCUCAAUUUAGGCAGAAAAUGGUUAAGUAGUACUGAGGUCCACUGAGGUGAGCAUCAUGGCUUAUUAGCUAAGGGUUAAAUACAGAGCUUCCCUGGGCUUCUAGCUCUGUUGUUAGACAGAAUCUACAUAUCUUCAUCAAUAAUACCAGGAAAUCUCUGCAUUGUGGCUAUGAUAUCUUAGCAACAGGUUGUUUGCCUUUCCCCAAAAAAACUAUUUAUUUGUAUUGUAGUAGCACUGAGGAGCCUCAAUCAUGGGCCAGUGCUAGGAUCAAAUUAAGGACAUGUCUCAUUUUGGGUAAGGAGUCACUACAGGGCAGGGAGGAGAUUUCUAAAGCACACUAACAUGUUACACAUAUAAUUGAUCUGUAUAGACUCUGCUGGUGUGCACAGAGGGUAUGUCUACACUGCAGUUAAAAACCUGUGGCUGUCCUGUGCCAGCUGAUUUGGGCUCUGGCUGUGGGGCUGGUUAAUUGUGGUGUAGAUGUUCUGGCUUUGGCUGCAGCCUGAACUCUGGGAUCCUUCCAUCUCGCAGGGUCCUAGAGCCCAGGUUGCAGCCCAAACCUGAAUGCCUGCAUAGCAAUUAAACCGCCCCUUAGCCAAGCCCGAGUCAGCUGUUCCCAGGCUAGCCACAGGUUUUUUAAUUGCAGUGUAGCCAUAUCCUAAGAGUUCCCUAGUACAUUUAAACUAUCAUUGACUUAAGAGGAGCACUCCCAAGACUGCAAGAUUUGCCAUAAUAGUCUGGAGGGGAGACAAAGUCACCACAGAAGACAGUGGUGGAGUAUGUUUCAGGAAAAGUAUUCUUUACCACCAAUUCUGAGUUGAGUAAAUUGAAGACGCUGAAGUCUGGAGAACGAUUAUUUUUGCUGCUGAAAAAACGUGCACCAAUUUCUCUCUCUAGAAAUAAAGGAAAAGUAUUCCAUGAAAUUCAAAAACUUGUAAUUGAGGACCCCAGAUGUUGGCUGGAUAUUAUUUCCAUUUGGAAACAUCUUCAUGGAAAUAAGGUCAAACAAGGAAACAUCUCUAAAGAAAAUCCAAAAUCCCUAAAAAGAAAAUCAGAAGAAGAGAUAAGUAUCAUAACAAAAAACCAGAAGAGAGAGCAAAUAUUAGAGACAGUUUCUGAUGAAUGCCACGUGGAAGAGCAAAAGAAAAGUGUGGUACUAGAAACAAACAAUGACAUGGACUUGUUGACUGAAAGCAAAACUUUUCUAGAAGAUGCAUCUGAAAGUAGAAUAGAGAAAUCAGUUGAAAGCAAUAACCGCAGCUUCAGUUUCAGAGUUUCUUGUCGCUGUAGUGGAACAAUUGCAAAAGUAUUUACUUCACAGGAGGUGGGAAAAGUACUUGGAAUAACUCUUAUAAAACAGCUUGGAUGGAAAGCAGAUUUGAGAAACCCUGAUCUAGAGCUCUUUGUACAUCUAAAUGAUAUUUACUCAGUGGUGGGGAUUCCUGUCUUCAGACUUCCACUGGCGACCAGAGAGUAUAUUCGAACUGCAGGACUCCGAUCUACUGUAGCGUGGGCUAUGGCAUCUCUUGCUGAAAUCAAUGCUGGUGCAUUUGUUUUAGAUCCUAUGUGUGGAUUAGGAACAAUACUCUUGGAAGCUGCAAAAGAAUGGCCUAAUGUACAUUACUUGGGUGCUGAUAUAAAUGAUUCACAGCUACAAGGUGCACAUGAAAACAUUAAGGCUGCAGGCUUGAUGGAUAAAAUUGAGUUACUUAAAGCAUCUGUCAUAGCAUUGCCAUUACCUUCGGAAAGUGUUGACGUUGUGAUUUCGGACAUUCCAUUUGGGAAAAAGUUCAAGAUAACAAAAGACACAAAGCUUCUACCAAAUAUUCUUCGAGAAAUGGAAAGAGUGCUUCAUGUUGGAGGGACAGUUGUAUUACUGGUGAGUCAAGAUCUCCACAAGCACAUGGGUGGCUGUAUUAGCAAUUGUAUUGAAAAUGACACAUCUUUGAAUGCCACCAGUGACAACAAGAAUGGAGCUGCUGUGGUGAAAGACUUGAAUCCCAAAGAGAAAAAUCGGAGUCCACGGAGUAUUUCCUCUUCAAUUAAAGGUGUAGAGACUGAACACUUCAACAAUAAAACUACAUGCUUUGGGUCUUUGGCAGCAGUAGAAUCCUAUGGAGUUAGCCUUGGGAAAACAGAUGCUUUCAUAUACAAAUAUAGGAAGAUAUUUGCUGCUGCAAUGCAGUAGCAUUCUGAAAGUGAACAUGAAUCUUAUUUGAAAGCAUGGUCCUAAUUUGGGGCCAUAUAGUGCCACUGGUAACCAAGUGUAUUUCAGCAGUUUUACAGCAUUCCUUCCCCCCCGCCCCAUUUAAUGGUUUCUUUGCUAAAGAAUUCAGUAGUCACAAGAUGGCAGAGACAGUCCUCUAACAUUAUUAAGUUGGCCACAAUAAAAUACUGAAAUGAGGCCAAAUCCUGAGAUCCUUACUCAAGCAAAGCAUCCAUUUACUUAAAAAGUAAAAACUGAGCAAAGGCCUCAUGGUUUGGUCCACACUCUUCUAGGAGUGAUUUGCAUAGGAUUUAACUUGCUGCCACUGCAGUGGAACUGUAUAGGUUUGCUUUCCUAAACAUUUACCUAGUCAGAAUAGGAAACAGAUGCACUCUUUGUAUAUUGAUCAGUAAUAUAAUUUAGUUUCCCCAAUUAGCACUGGAAUUUGAUAGGUUAUUGUACUAAGAUAAGGCAAAGUAUUAUCAGAACUCCUGUUCAGUUAGGAGCCUGAACGUGCAAGUUUGCAACACUCACUUACGAAAUCACACUGUAUUUAUAAUAAUUUUAUAAAUACAGUUAGCAAAGUCACAAACACUCUAAACCCUGCAAGGCAGGUAGAGAGAGUACAGAAUGUGCUGAGCAUCCAGAUACUUACACCAUCCCUUGCAAAACAACCUGCAGUGUUAGUUAUCUUCCCCAUCAGUCAUCAUCUUGGCCUCUCUCAAGGCAUAUGAGAUGGCAUACAACUUUUAUAAUGUUACACUUUUAUGCCACCAUGCGCAACGCAAUACUCAGGAAGGGUUUCAGGCCCUUUUCCUUAGUUGUAGUUCCUUACCCUAAUGUUGGGAUGCCCUUCUCCCAUAGAUUAUUAAUCCUUUUAACUCAGUUUUAUUAGCAUAUAAUUCAGUCAGUUACCAUGGCAUUCUUGUUGUCAGACAGCUGUUGAUGUCCCUAGCUUAAAAUAUCUCAAGAUGCUAUAAACUAGCAUCUCGUGGUUACUUGUCAACAGUUUAGUUUUUACAGCAUUUUAUUGUUUAAAAUCAUUAUCUAGGGUUACUUUUGGUUAAUUACUUAUGUUUAAGCCUUUUUGGACCUUAUGCCUUAAUUUAGCCAAACUAUUAUCUUACCGGUCUUGUAGGCUCUUUGCAUUAUUGCCUUAAUUUACACCUAAGCCACACCUAGUAAAUAUCUAUACCUGUAGGCUUCAGCACUAAGGGGGAUUGGAAGUCUUUACUGAAGUGUUUCUUAUUAAUCGAUUUUUUUGGUAGCAAUUAUUUAAACAAAAAUGUGAUGUAAAACCAAUUUCUGUUUUACUUUAGGUAUAUACAACCAUUUAAUGUUAGAAUAAAUCUAAAUAUCUAGUGUUCUGUUGGUAUGAGAUCAGCGCAGUGCUACUCAUGUUCUUUUGAGUAGCUAUUGCAGUUUUUUUUAUUGACAUUAAACAGCUCACAGUUUAA